CGUUCAGUUCGGUUCAAUAUUCUAUCAUCUAGCCGAUGAUGGGCUCGUUAAACACGUUUCUCUAUUUGCUGCUUCCGGCACUAGUGCUGCUGUACGUGUACAUCCGCCGUAAGUUUUCCUACUGGGCCGAACGGAAUGUUCCGCACGCACCGGGAGCCCCACCGAUGGGGUCCUUCAACGGGAUGGGCACCAAGUAUCAUAUGAACGAAAUACUCGAUCGGGUGUACCAGCGCUUCAAACGGACCGGCAUAUCGUCGACGGCAGCUGGAAUGUACAUAGGCUUCAGUCCAAUGUUGGUGAUAUACGAUCUGGAUCUAGUAAAGCAGAUUCUGGUCAAAGAUUUUAAUUCGUUUCGUGAUCGAGGAAUGUAUUACAACGAAAAGGAUGAUCCAUUGUCGGCCCAUCUUUUUGCGAUCGAAGGUGAGAAGUGGCGGUUUUUGAGAAACAAGCUAAGUCCAACAUUUACGUCCGGCAAAAUAAAAUACAUGUUCCAUACCAUUAAGGACAUAGGAGAUGAACUUCUGGGUUGUUUCGAUAAGUACAUUGAAAGUAAGAAGCCAGCAAACGUGAAAGCAAUAGCCCAGCGAUUCACCUGUGACGUGAUCGGAUCGUGUGCCUUCGGAUUGGAGUGCAACACACUGAAGAAUGAAGGUUCAAAACUGCUAACUAUUGGCGACGCGGUAUUUAAACCCGGUCGGAUCAGAACAAUGUGGAUGUUCGUUUUGGUUAGCUAUCGCGAUCUGUCAAGAAAGUUGGGAUUUAAACAACUACAGAGUGAUGUUACGAACUACUUCAUGGGCGUGAUUCAGAACACAAUCAAUUACCGAGAGGAAAAUAAAAUAACUCGACAGGAUUUUCUGCAAUUGUUGAUACAAUUGAAAAAUAAGGGAACUAUUGAGGAACAUGAAGAGGAAUCGAAAGAAACUAUCACGCUGAACGAAGCAGCAGCACAAGCUUUCCUAUUUUUCGUAGCGGGAUUCGAAACCUCAUCGGCCGCACUAUCCUUUGCUCUGUACGAGUUGGCCGCUCAUCCGGAUAUUCAGGAUAAGACGAGAGAGGAAAUCAAACGCGUUCUUGCGUUGCACGGUGGGCACAUAACUUAUGAAGCCCUGAGAGAUAUGACCUACUUGGAUCAAGUUGUCAAUGAAACCCUUCGCAAGUAUCCUCCCGUGGGCAAUGUUUUCCGCAUUGCAAACGAGUCGUAUCGUUUAACCAAUCCGGAUGUAACCAUAGAAAAGGGUAACAUCGUAAUCGUUCCCAUCUAUUCGAUCCAUCACGAUCCGGAAAUCUAUCCGGAUCCGGACCGUUUCGAUCCGGAGCGCUUCGCGCCGGAUCAAAUCGCGGCACGACACAGCCACAGUUUCCUGCCGUUCGGUGACGGACCACGCAACUGCAUCGGAAUGCGUUUCGGACUGCUGGAAAUUAAAUUCGCAAUCGUACAGCUGCUGAACCGGGUUCGGUUCACCGUCAACGAACGCACGAAGGAACCACUGAACAUGAGUGUCAAAUCUACCAUGUUGGAUGUGGAAGGUGGAAUCUGGCUAGACACGAGCCGAAUUUGAAUUGAACAGUUCAUGCAAAAACCUAAAAGUUAGGCUGAAAAUUUACGGCGCACAUGUAAAUAGAUAUGAGAUCAUCCCCGAGAGCAGCUGGGUGUGAGCCGGGUGUGUUCGAUAAGCCAUAUUGGGAGGAAAAGAGCGUAGAUUGUUAGAUUGAGAGGCGCUGGAGAACCGAAGCUCUUCAUUUGAGAAUUUGACGUCAUGCAUUAUGAAUUCCGAUUCGCUAAAAUAUACAUUGCUUGUUCAAUAUUUGUGAAUUAUACCAGUAGUUACAUUAAAAACA